CUUUAAAGAGCCCUUCAUUUGAUGUAAAUGGGCUGAAUAAAAUUUGAGUCGGUCCAAAAAGAGAGAAAGAUUAGAGCCCGCCGCCGCGUAGUCGGAUAGAUUCAGCGACCCGAAAAGCCACCGCCGUUCCGGCGACAAGGAUUGUUGAAAUACUUACCAGAGAUGCCUCUGUUAUUGGCCUCUACCAACUAGUUUGGGACUAAUUGAUAGCUGUUUUUCUAUGGUAUAUUGAUACUAGUCUCAUGAACUUGUGUGUUAAAGUUAAGUUUUAACUAGAGGCCUAAUUUUUUUUUUAAAGAACAGCUCAUACAAUUAGAUGGAACACAAUCCCUCAUUUGCCCGCGUAGUCGGGUAGAUUCAGUGACCCGGAAAGCCACCACCGUUCCAGCGACAAGGACUGUUUGCCUCUGUUAUUGGCCGAUACCAACUAGUUUGGGAUUAAUUGAUAGCUGUUUUUCUGUGGUACACUGAUACUAGUCUCAUGAACUUGUGUCUUAAAAAACACUUAUUUUUUUCUCUCCCUUUUGGGGUUUCUAACAAUUUAAGUUGCUUUAGCUACUUUUCCACCUUGUCUAGUGAUAAAAUUUCAUGUGUGAACGAUGCUGAUGUUAAUGUUGUAUUUGCUAGAAUAAGUGGUGGAAGUAGUGAAGGGGAAGUUGUCCAAUCAUUGCUUUCUGACCCAGCAUGUGAUUCCAUACGGAUAACUGAUAACUUUGUUGAUAGGCUGCUUUAUCGGUUCAAAAAUGACUGCAAGUGUGCACUUGGUGCUUUUAGAUGGGCACAAUCACGUCCCGACUACAAGGCCUCACCGGAAUUGUACGAUAAGAUGGUGGAUAUACUGGGAAAAAUGAAGAAAAUGGAAAAGAUGCGGUCAUUGAUUGAAGAAAUGAAUGCAGACCAUCUUGUUUCUCUUAACACUGUAGCAAAAGUUAUGAGAAGAUUUGUCGGUGCACGAGAGUGGAAAGAGGCAGUGAGGACAUUCGAUGAGUUGGAAAAAUUCGGUUUGGAGAAGAAUACUGAAUCGAUGAACUUGUUACUUGACGCUCUCUGCAAAGGAAAUAGAGUCCAACAGGCUCGUGAACUCUUCUGUAAGUGGCAUAUCCCAGCAAACGCAAACACUUUUAACAUUUUCAUUCAUGGUUGGUGCAAAGUGAAUCGGGUGGAAGAAGCGUACUGGACAAUUCAGGAGAUGAAAGGCAAUGGUUGUAAUCCUUGUGUCAUCAGCUACUCAACCAUCAUUAAGUCCUACUGCCAGCAAUUCAACUUCCAGAAGGUCUACGACCUGCUCAAUGAAAUGCAACAAGAAGGAUGUGCACCUAAUGUGGUCACUUUCACCACCAUCAUGUGUUUCUUGACGAAGUCAGGGGCAUUCGAGGAAGCACUUAAAAUUCCCGAGAGAAUGAAAUUAGUCGAUGGCUGUAAACCUGAUACACUUUUUUACAAUGCGCUGAUUCAUACAUUAGGCAUGGCACACCGAUUACAAGAAGCUACUCGUGUUUUGACUGUUGAACUGCCCAUAAAUGGAGUUCAACCGAAUACAUCGACUUACAAUACUAUCAUUGCCAUGUUUUGCCAUCAUUUGAAAGAGGAAAGAGCGCUGGAAUUUCUAAGGGAGCUGGAAAAUUCACCGUUUUGUAAACCUGAUGUUCAGUCAUACUUUCCGCUGCUCAAGUUGUGCUUUAAAGUUGGAAAGACCGAUGAGUACCUGAAAAUGUUGGUGAAUGAUAUUGUCAAUAAGCAUCAUCUAAGUCUUGACCUAUCAAGUUAUGCACUUCUUAUUCAUGGGUUGUGUAGAGCAAAUAAAUGUGAAUGGGCCUAUGUUAUUUUUGAAGAUAUGGUUCGCCAAGAGAUUACUCCUCGAUACAAGACAUGCAGUGUACUGCUGCAGGAAAUUAAACAAAAGAAUAUGUAUGAUGCUGCAGAUAAGAUUGCAUUGUUCAUGAAGAAAAUGAAAACCGCCAGAACAUUUCCUGGAGAAUGAUUUGAUGAUUCAUUUAUCAAGUACAAGUUUCUGUUCUUGUGUCCCUGCAGAUUUCAACAGAUUGCUGAAUCUGAAAUGUUGAUUCUUCAUCUGGGAAUGGCUGCAGUUUGGGCAAUAUCAUUUAUGUUAGAGACAACAAGAAUUGGAAGAAGCAAGGAUGAAAGCCCUUCUUGAAUCUCAAAAUUUUACUCUUGUAAAUGUUUAUGUGUAGUCCGAUUUGGUUUGAUUUUGUUUUUCUAGUAUGAAGUUUCGGUUUUAUUAAAAAAAAAAAAAAAAAAAAGGCCUUACAUAUUUUUCUAUAUAACUAGUUUAGGAUAGUGCGUUGCACAUGAAUGUUAAUCAAGAUAUUAUACUCUCAAUAUAAUGCAAAGUAAAAUUUU